CUUAAAAAUGAUCCUAACGCUGUGGCAAAGGAAGGCGAAGCCGUACGCCACCAUUUUGAUUAAGGGAAGAGUGGCUUUUACACUUCAAUUUACAGAAGACGCCGGCCGGGAUCUUCCCAGUGGAUCGGUUUUCUCGAAGUGCCGAUCAGGGUGGCUUUAGGAGCUUACCAGCUUAAAACUGGCCAAAGCCGCCUGUGAGCAGCAGGAACCGAAGCCCUAGGCGGCGGACAUCUUCAUUAACGGCCGCCCAACGCCACUCAGAGUGACAACACUGUGAGGCCAGCCUAUUGGUUAUUCCGGCGAGCACUCGCGCGGGACUGACCAAUCACCGUGAGGCACCCGGCUGCUGUUCGCCAUGUUAACUUUGGGCAUUUAUCCAGAGCUGCCGACUGGAGUGAAGCCUUUACGCUGCUUCCCUGAGUGAGGGCGGAAGUAAGGGCUGCGUGACUCCGGCUGUGCUCGCAGUCUGUCCCGCAUCCACGUGGGACGAGAGGCGCCCAGGAUGCUGCGCCGCGAGGCCCGCCUGCGCCGCGAGUACUUGUACCGCAAAGCCCGGGAGGAGGCGCAGCGCUCGGCCCAGGAGAGGAAGGAGAAGGUGCGGCGGGCGCUCGAAGAAAACCGGCUGAUCCCUACCGAGCUUCGCCGGGAGGCGCUGGCCCUGCAGGGCUCCCUGGAGUUUGAUGAUGCCGGUGGUGAAGGGGUGACCAGCCACGUGGAUGACGAGUACCGGUGGGCCGGAGUUGAGGACCCCAAAAUCAUGAUCACCACCUCCCGAGACCCCAGUUCCCGCCUUAAGAUGUUUGCAAAGGAACUGAAGUUGGUGUUCCCGGGCGCCCAGCGCAUGAACCGAGGCCGACACGAGGUGGGGGCGCUGGUGCGAGCCUGCAAAGCCAACGGGGUCACCGACCUGCUGGUAGUUCAUGAGCAUCGAGGCACACCGGUGGGGCUCAUCGUCAGCCACCUGCCCUUCGGCCCCACUGCCUACUUCACGCUGUGUAACGUGGUCAUGCGGCACGACAUCCCGGACCUGGGCACAAUGUCGGAGGCCAAGCCCCACCUCAUCACCCACGGCUUCACCUCCCGCCUGGGCAAGCGCGUGUCUGACAUACUGCGCUAUCUGUUCCCUGUGCCCAAAGAUGACAGUCGCCGCGUCAUCACCUUCGCUAACCAGGAGGACUACAUUUCCUUCCGGCACCAUGUGUACAAGAAGACGGACCACCGCAACAUAGAGCUGACCGAGGUUGGGCCCCGCUUUGAGCUGAAGCCGUACAUGAUUCGCCUGGGCACACUGGAGCAGGAGGCCACAGCUGAUGUGGAGUGGCGCUGGCACCCCUAUACCAACACUGCCCGCAAGAGGGUCUUCCUCAGUGCUGAGUGAGCCUACUGCAGGACAGGGCGCCAACCAGAAGACCACAAGGCCCCUGAGAAGGGAAGGGGUGCCAGGGUGCCUGACAGCCUCCAGGCGGUUGAGCCUCAGGUCAGCCCUGUCCUGGUGGUGACUAAGCCGCUGGCGGUCUCUGGGGGGUGUUGGCCUCAGCUUGGUGUUCUUGGGACCCUGUAUGUGGGUUCCCUGUGUGGGCCCUGGCAUGCAUGGCACCCUGCAGCGAGGGCUUUUGGUUCUGGGUGCCCGCACAUUACCCCAAUUUGACUCCACCAGAAGGCUGCCAGCUUGCUGCCCUUGCCAGCAACCCCCCCCCAUCCUCCUGCCCCCAGCCCCUGUACCCCCCUCUGUCCCCUUCUCUGAGUGACCACUGCCAGUGGUUGUGGCCGUGGUCUCCCAUCGUGCCCCUCGCUGAGUGUCCCGUCCCCAGGCUCAGCCAGGCCGUCCCAGGUGACAGGGUGAACGUGUGCCCCUCUUCCUUUAUCCAUUGCCCCUUGGUGGACUCUGGCUCUCUGUGUCCGGCUCCUAGAAGUGUGACAAGGAGUUUGGGAUCACAGGCGCUUCCAGAAAGUGCCCGUUCCGUUUUCCUGGCUGCACGCCCAGGAUUGCUGGAUCACGUGGUGCUGCAGUUUUUAACCUUAGGAGGAGCCGAGUCCUGCUUUCCAAGACUGCCCAUUUCCGUUUCUGCCAGCCGGGCACCAAAGUUCCCCAUUUCCCACACGCCUGGCCGUAUUUAUCAUCUCUGUGCCCCCUGAGGGCCUUGAUUUUUGGUGAUGAAGCUUCUUUCAUACACGUUUUGUCCAUUUAUAUGUUGUCUUUUGAAAAAUGCUUAUUCAGAUCCCUUGCCCCCCCCCUUUUUUUUUUUAAGAAAUAAAUGC